UGACUCGCUGGGCCGUCCAAUGAAGUCACGGGAUUUAACCAGGAGCCAGGCGUGUCGGUUGGGCCUUACCUGCUGCUGCUGCGUCUGUACAGGUAAAAGUAGGUCAGCUAUUUGUGUCAUAUGUCACGACAUUCUGAAACAACAUGGCCGCUGGUGCGACGCGUUGAAAGAGUUGCCGUGUUAGACAAACACAGCCUGUGGAGGACCCCGCGACCAUCGCAGGCACAUAUCUUUGCGGUUUACCCCCACCGGAUUUGCAUGCGCUUAGUGUGUUGUUCAAAGGCCUUGUGUGUGUGUGCGUGUAUUCCCUUCGUGUGGGUAAUUCCACUACUCACUGCGAAUUAAGAAGAAAACAAGGAGAAAUUGAAACUAGCCUCAGUGUUUUAAUCUGGCCUAUCAUUGUGUUGUGUGACCAAAUUAGGACUUUAACCCACUUACUACCCCAGCGUAGAGUAUUUGUCUGGAGUGGUGUAGGGUGGCAGGGAAGAGUGUUGUGUUUUCCCCGCUGUUCACAGGGCCCAUCUGCUCGUGUUGUGAAGAUAUCCGAGGAGUAACGAGAGCCUAAACAUGUCCGUGUCUUCUGGAGGCUCGAGAGGGCCGGUCAAACCAAGGUCUCAUGGCGGAAGUAACAACAGUCUGGAACCGAAAGUAGCGAUUGUGGAAUCGUACGGCGAUGACCAGUCAUACAGGUACUCAUUCACCUACGAAAAGGCCACUCUAUAUGAGUUCAAGUACGAGAAGGCGCCGUACCCGGCGUCCAUCGACCCCUGCCAUAGAUGUAACAGGAGGGUUCCUAAACAUGACAUGGUGGAUGUGGGCGUUCUGUUCCACAAGCAAUGUUUCCGGUGCCGUAUCUGCGGUCUCCCUCUGACCAUCCAGAACUUCCAGCGCAAUGACGCAAACACGGCGGACCGAGAGAUCUACUGUCGUACUCACGUCGGCAAAAAUGUGGCUCAGAUCAAGAGCGGGGAGGUACCGCCCAUGGGCCUGGAGGGACCCAACACUGGGCCCGGGAAAAAGUACAUCUUCCAGUAUAGCGGCGUCCAGAAACCGGAGAUGAAGAGCUAUGAGGACUUUGAGAAUGCCAACGUGUUUGACGCGCAGCUUCUUCUAGAGGAGAGACACAGAGAGGAAGAGGAGCGACUGUUGAGGUGAAAGAAGAGAGACUGAAGACAGUCACUGAAAAAAUCGCCGUGGAGGAAAAGACGAGAAAUGGCAAAAUGAUUGACAGACAUUGCCACGAGAUGCUGACCCUGAUCGGGGAGAAGGACAGAGAGGUCGACCGGAUGUGCCUGUUUGACCACUCCAUGAGACCCCCGGCCGAGCCUCCGGAAGGCAAAAAGACGGUGCUCUACAAGUCUCCGGCGGUCUUUGAGCCUCUGGACCUGCGGGCUAUAGAUUUUGCCAACAAAGACUACGACAUGUUUACUCACCUCGUGCGGGACCUCACCAGGAACUGCAAGACGGAGCUGGAAAAGGCUAGGAUCCUGUUCCGUUGGGUCAUCGCCAAGGACAUCAAUAAGCACACGGUGAAUGAGAUAGUGAGGCCUCAUGCCAUGGACCGUCUGCUGAAGGGCGUCAAGAGUGGGAAGGAGACCUACCAUCAGCUGUACAAGAAGUUGUGCAGCUACGCGGGUCUGCACUGUGAGAUAGUGCUGGGCUACUCCAAGGGCGCCGGCUACAAACCGGGUAUGAGGAUGGACGGUCAGGCGUUCCGGAACUCCUGGACAGUGGUCAACAUUGACGGCAGCUGGCGAUUGGUCAACUGUACCUGGGGCGCUCGUCACGUCACUGGUCACAAGGACAACCUGCCGCAGAUGUACCACAAGUACGACGAGUUCUACUUCCUCACUGACCCCGAGGACCACAUCUACCAACACUACCCUGACGAGCCCAAGUGGCAGCUCCUGGAGAUCCCCCUCCCCUUUUCGGAAUUCCUCAACCUCCCAGUGGUCAAGUCCCCGUUCUUCAACUACGGCCUGAGGUUUUACUCCAACUACGGCGCUACCCUGACCACCCAGACAGGGAUGGUUGAGGUUCGCCUCCUCACGCCGAAAAUCCUCGGGUUUGGUUCGAUGUUGGAGCCAGUCAAUCGCCUCCCGAGUGAGCCGAGGCAGAUCGAAGGAAGAACUCUUCUCCGAUUCGUGAACAACGAAGCCAUCUUCACUAUAGCGCUUCCAGCGACAGGCUUUUAUUAUUUCUCCAUCUACACGGGCGACUACUGGAGGUCGGAGUGCUUAGAGAGCGCUUGUUCCUUCCUCGUCCACUGCAAAAACUUGACGGGCGCACCAUCCCCUCCUUACCCUCCUGUUCCGUUUUUCGGGCCAACCCCCGUGAUGGAGACACUGGGCAUCACGGCGGACAGUCACGUGGAUCCUCUGGUCGUCUGCAACAACGACUACAUCGAGAUCAACUUCCGGCUGAGCCGCGACAUCCGACUGACCCACACGUUCCAGUACUUUGACGUCAGCGACGGAGCCAUCAUGGACAUAGACCGCUACGUGUUUCUCCGCUCCCGAAACGAUAAAGGCGCCAACUACUUAAUCCGCUGCCCGCGUGAAGGGUUCUUCCUCUUCUCACUCUUCGCCGCCGAUCUCACCGGAGAUUCCAAAUCUCUGGACUGCGCUUUCCGCUACCUGGUGAUCUGCCAGGAACCGAGUCCGACAGUCGCCAAGUUCCCCAAGACCUACCAAAAGUGGCACCGCUGCUCCCUCCACGAGCCUCUGAGCGGGGAUCUGAACACGGACAAGCACGUCAUGUUCCGAAUGGACGUUCCACAGGCCCUGGAGGUGUUCGUGGUCAUCGAGGAGGUGUGGCAUCACCUGCGCCGUAAGGUGGGCUGUGCCUGGGAGGGUCAGGUGCACACGGGGUCAGUGUCCGGUACCGCCAAGGUCAUCGCUCGUUUUCAGGGCGAGACGAAGGAUCAGUCUCUGUUCUCUCACAUCUUGGACUAUGAGGUGGUGGAGGAUCAGGAGACGGAGAUUUGAGGAUUUGUUGGUUUGUUUGUGUGUGUGUGUUUGUGUGUGUGUGUGUGUGUGUGUGUGUGUGUGUGUGUGUGUGUGUG